AUGGCUCCAAGACGAGCAGCCGCCGAUGCCUCACCGAGCCCGUUUCGCCGACUCCGGCUCCAGGCAGACCAUCCUCUCCGACGCCACCGGAUAUCCCGUCGCAAAGUCCGUACGCCCUCUAUAAGAGAAAUUCGGCGCAUUGAAAUCCUCUCGGAAGCAUGUGUAUCGGCUGCAAAGGAAGAGACCGAUCAUGAGACCGAGACCGAGACGGAAACCGAAACACGGUGGGAGAGAAGCACUCGUGGAGAUGCCAAGGCGUUGUGGGUGGAACAGCUGUAUCGUUAUGAGGAGUUGUGA